AUGACCCCUCCGAAGGAUAUCCCAGGCUCUACGCUGCGAACCGUCUCCACCACGCUGCCCAUCAGCACGAGUCCGACGCUGUCCUUCCACAGUCGUUCUGCGAGCUUCCAGUCCCGCUCUGCGCGAGGAAGUUUUGCGGAUGGCGGAUCAGGUAGUUUUGGCUCACAAGCUCCGACCGUCGCUUCGAAAUUGAAGCCCUUCGAUACCAAGGACAUCAAGGUGCUCUUGCUGGAGAACGUCAACCAGUCUGGUGUCAGCCUGCUGAAGGACCAAGGAUAUCAGGUGGAGACGUUCAAGGGAAGCCUGCCCGAAGACGAGCUCAUCGAGAGGAUCCGCGACGUACACGUCAUUGGCAUCCGCUCCAAGACCAAGCUAACGGAGCGUGUCCUCUCCCAGGCCAGGAACCUCAUUGUCAUCGGCUGCUUCUGCAUUGGGACCAACCAAGUGGACCUGGAAUAUGCCGCGUCAAAGGGUAUUGCCGUCUUCAAUUCGCCUUUCAGCAACUCGAGAAGUGUCGCCGAGUUGGUCAUUGGCGAGAUUAUCAUGCUGGCUCGACAGCUGGGGGACCGGUCGAUGGAGUUGCACAACGGGACCUGGAACAAGGUCAGCAAAGGUUGCUGGGAGAUUCGCGGCAAGACCCUGGGCAUUGUCGGAUAUGGCCAUAUCGGCAGCCAGUUGUCCGUGCUGGCAGAGUCCAUGGGCAUGAAUGUCAUUUACUACGACAUCUUGACCAUGAUGGCUCUAGGUACGGCUCAGCAGGUGAAGACUCUGGAUGAGCUGCUUGAGCAGGCCGACUUUGUCUCGCUGCACGUACCCGAGACUCCAGAGACGAAGAACUUGAUCGGGAAGAAGGAGCUCGACAAGAUGAAGACAGGGAGCUACUUGAUAAACAAUGCCCGUGGUAGCGUCGUGGAUAUUGCAGCUCUCGUGGAAGUGAUGAAGGACGGAAAACUGGCGGGCGCCGCCUUGGACGUAUAUCCCAACGAGCCCGCAGGGAACGGCGACUACUUCAACAACGAGCUCAACCCCUGGACCAAGGACCUGCAGAGCCUGAAGAACGUCAUCCUAACUCCGCACAUUGGCGGCAGCACAGAGGAAGCGCAAAGCGCCAUUGGAUCCGAAGUGGGCCAGGCUCUCCUUCGCUAUGUCAACGAGGGCAUUACGCUAGGCGCCGUCAACCUGCCCGAGGUGAACCUCCGCUCGGCCGUGACCGAAGAGCCCAACUCGCUGCGAGUUGUCUACAUACACAAGAACGUUCCUGGUGUUCUCCGACAAGUUAACGGCAUUUUGAGUGAACACAACGUCGACAAGCAAAUGUCCGAUUCGAGAGGUGAUGUCGCGUAUCUCAUGGCGGAUAUCAGCAACGUGAGGGAAGACGAGAUCAGAAAGCUCUACCAGUCGCUCGAGGAUUUGCCAUGUAAGUCACCCUCCUGUACCCCUUCUGGGUUCGUAGGUCUGGUCACUAACCCCUGUAAUAGCAUGUAUUCGGACAAGACUACUGUACUAGCAGGGCAGCUCUUCGAAAGCAUGGUUUUACUGGCGUUUUUAUAUAUCUUGGAAUAUAGCAAGACGGCGUUAUUUGUGUAA